CUGCUCAAAUGCCCUGUGACGAUCUUGCGAGCAAUAUAGAACCUCCUUGAGAUACUUGAUACCCGCCUACAAAGCUCCUCACGCUGGUGCUUACAAGGGCACUCUUCUUGGCUGAAUCUUACCACUGACUCAUUCAUCGAACAAUGACCAUCGAUGUCGCCCCUCGAACGCUUGAUCCACUCGCUAGAACACAACAAGAAGAGGAAAUCAUAGCUGCUUGUCCACUUCAAGCUGGACCAGUACAUACGACUCUGCGAGACUUGGCGCUGUCGGUCGAAUGGUCAGAUUUGCGAGUUUUAGAAUUAGCAAGUACAGGAUGGGCCAUCAUACUAGGGCACAAGCGACGACAUGAACCUCUCCGAGCCGUUUUACCCCUCCCUCUUCACACCACUGCGUUGCGACCUUCAUCCCUCCGGGCCAUAUUUCAAGCCCUGGAAGCAUUAUCAGAUGAUGACAUUCCGCAUGCUCUUCCAGAUUUCGCACCGAGUGUAGAAGAGCUUCAGGAGCGAGCACAGCGAGGGAAGCAGGUUUCACAAACGGACGGCACGAGGAAUGUUGGAUUACCUGAUCCAACUGAUGGCGAGGAGAAUACUCCGCCUGCUCAUGGGCCAGAGGUCAUCAACAAAUCUUUGGAUCGCGAUAUGAUCUACGUCGCCAUAGUCACUACGGACUCUACGGUCGUCUACUACAAAUUGACAAAGGGAAUCAAAAAACCAGCGGAUAUACCUGAUGAAUGAUCGGGCAAUCGGUUGUGCUAGCUCGAUGAUCAUGAUAAUGAUGAUGAUGAUGAUGAUGAUGUAUGACACUAUAUAAUGAGAUCCCCUCCUACAGCUCCAAGUGACGCCCUUCAGACAGUCAGGACACCUCGCAAGAUUCCCUUCUCUAUGUCGCUCAAGCCUUCUAUCAUCUCGUGC